CUCGGCUGAGCGCUGAAUCCACAAACUCUGCUUUCACAUCAAAGAAUUGCGCAGCAAAUGCGCAAACAUUUUGCAACCACAAACUUGCAGAAAGUUUGAAGGAGGGCUCCUCGUUAAAGCAUUCUUCGGGGGAUUGCAGAAAGGGUUUACAAAGAUUAGUGUCUUCAUACUUUUUCACGUGAAACAGCCUUUAUAAGGCGUCAUUUGGUUAGAGACGGUGGUGCGCUAAACAAGUAGAAAAGGACUUUUUUGCGCAAAGUUGAAUUUGUGCAUUUCAACAUGGCAGCGUAUACAUUACCGGAGGGAUUCGCAGAGUUUGAUAUGUUUACGUUUGGCACAGCACUUCUUGUUGGGGGAAUGCUUGGAUUCUUCCUCAAUGCCAUCAGCAUUGUGUCUUUCCUCAGAGUGAAGGAGAUGCGGACUCCCAGUAACUUCUUUGUGUUCAAUCUUGCUUUGGCCGACAUCAGUUUGAAUAUUAAUGGACUCACAGCUGCUUACGCCAGCUAUCUCAGAUAUUGGCCAUUUGGUCAAGAUGGAUGUGCCUUUCAUGGCUUCCAGGGGAUGAUAGCAGUCCUGGCGUCCAUCAGUUUCAUGGCUGCCAUUGCUUGGGACAGAUAUCACCAGUACUGCACCAGACAGAAGCUCUUCUGGAGCACGACUCUGACAAUGUGCGGCCUCAUCUGGAUUCUCUCCAUCUUCUGGGCUGCUGUUCCUCUCAUGGGUUGGGGUGUCUAUGACUUUGAACCUAUGAGGACUUGCUGCACACUGGAUUACACCAGAGGAGACAGGGACUACAUAACCUACAUGUUAACUCUGGUGCUGCUUUACCUGAUGUUCCCAGCUUUCACCAUGUGGUCAUGUUACGAUGCCAUCCACAAACAUUUCAAGAAGAUCCAUCACCACAGGUUUAACACCAGUACUCCCUUGAGGGUAAUGCUGAUGUGUUGGGGUCCCUACGUUCUCAUGUGUAUCUAUGCUUGCUUUGAGAACGUGAAGAUUGUGUCUCCAAAGCUACGAAUGUUGCUUCCAGUCAUUGCAAAGACAAACCCCAUCUUCAAUGCCCUGCUCUACACUUUUGGAAAUGAGUUCUACCGAGGCGGCGUGUGGCACUUCCUCACUGGACAGAAGAUUGUUGAUCCGGUUAUUAAGAAAAAAUAAAAGGAAACUCAGUAUGUUUUGGCAAAGAAAUCCCAAACUGUAAUUUGUUCUUCCAAUAGGCUUCUCACACUUUUGAUGUCACUGUGCCAUUCAGUUGAUCUGUGUAGAUACAUUUUCAUAACAUUUGGAUACUAGAUAAAACUCUGGAGAAUCUGUACAUUUGGAGUCGAAUUGUUGCAUUUUUUCCCCAGGAAUUUGUCUUUAACCUGUACUGUUCCUCUG